UUUGUUAUUUUCACACAGAAUUGAACGGAAUAUUACAAAAAUAGCAUAAUUAAUCACAAGUGAGACCAAAGUGCGGCAUGGAAUUGUUUAUAAUCAUUUUGCUGCUGUGCCUGCUCACCACACUACUGCCGGAUUUUCUACGCAACUACCUCAAACUGUCUCGAUUCCUGGUCAGGGGCACAGGCGCAACGGAAGCAUCAUUUGAUUUGGAAUUGAAUGCGGCACGCGAAGAAGUGGAAAAUGUGCGAAAUGCCCAGCACAGUGGAGAAUAUGCGCGAACGAUUAAAAUUAUGCGUGCCGAGCAAAAGGUAAAGGAUGUGGAGGAGAAAAUCAAAGUUGCACGCACGAUGGCGUCGAUCAAGCAGUCCGGGAUCGACACCAUCGCUUACUACGCGUCCAAAGUUAUAAUGACAAUUGUACUUAUAAUAGUCUCAAUCAGCAAUCGAGGGACUCCAGUAAUGGUCUUUAGUGAGACCAUUAAUUUGCAGCCGCUGGGCGGUCUGCUCAGCUUUCCCACCGGAAUUUCUAAUGCCGUUUCGGUGCCCGUUUGGUCAUUUUCAUGCAAUUUCACAUUUCGAUUGCUUUAUGGCUUGAUCAAGAAUCGCGCAUGAGUGCGAGUGGAGCUAAAGCGCGGCUCAAAGCAUACAACAUCAACAUCUGGUGGCAAUUUUUUUUCCUUCGAUAGAUUGAUACAUCUAUUUAUAUGUACUUUCCGUUUUAGCUUGCUAAGUUUCAUUUUGCGCAUUUGAUUGUACAAUAAAUAAAACAUACGAUUUUAACUAA